AUGGAAGGAUUGUUUGUUAGAAAUGUUGCUUUAUUUGAUAAGUCGCAAGUUGAAGAGGAUAAGGAGUUUAACUGUUACAGUGCACCAAUAUUCGAUGUGAAUAAUGGUUAUUUCUGGUACAAUAUUACAACACCAGAGGACAUUUACAAUAGCGUGGUGGUGAAUAUGCCGAUGAAACCAAAACAUAUAGUAUUUGCUGGAUAUUUGCAAGAUGUGCCUUUGAUGGCGGAUUAUGCUGGAACGGUAAAUGAAUCGCGAAGUGAGGUGCAAGUGCCAGCUGGUUUCGUUACGGGUUUGAUUGGUACCGGUGUGCCGUACAUUUUUAGCAAAGGUCCUGAAGAGGGUUAUUACUUGGUGAACUUUAAAGAGCCUGCUAAAUUCCAUCAGAUUGAGGAAGAGGAAGAGGGUUUCACUGCUCACGAUAUUUGGCAGGAGGAGGACGACGAUGAUCAAGUUGAUGAUCAAAAGAAGCGUUACAAAGGAAAGGAGAAGGAGUCCAUAGAUGUAGAUACGACAUCAACAUUAUCAGGGCAAGCAAAAGAAUUGAUGUCCUCUCAACAGCCAUCUACAUCAUCAUCAAUAACUGCCAAGGUAAAAGAAACAGCAUCAUUGGGCAAGAUGAAAGAAAUAAUAUCAUUACCCAAGACAAAGCAAGCAAUAGAUAAGGGGAAACAAAAGGCAUCAUUAGGCAAGGGGAAAGAAAAAGCAUCAUUAGGCAAGUUGAAGCAAAAAGAAACGAGUGAUAUUCAAUAUGAACAAACAGCAAGAAAGGGAGAGGCAACAGUUACAUCAAAAGUAUCUGCAGCAACUGAAGCUGAAAUGGGAAAAUCUCGGUUGAAGAAAAGUGAUCAAACAUCAAAAAAGGGACAGGAAGCUCAAAUUUUACAUUCUUUGCUUCAAAAGAAGGUUGCUGCAACGACUGCAACAUCUGCAAUUGUGUCAAAGAUGGUGAAAACUACAGAUACAACUUCAGAAUCGGAUGUAUCAUCUAAUGCAGAUUAUGAAAGCUUGCUGGUUUCACAGCUUGUGAGAGGUGAUGUUGAGGCAGAGUCAGGUCAAACUGAAGAGGAGGAGGAGGAUGAUGAUGAUGAUGAUGAUGAUGAUUUAGAAUCAUUAACGACGUUGAAAAGAGCUCGUUCUAGUGACACGACGGCUACAAAAUGGGCCAAGAAAAAGUCAAAGGCGGUUGGUGGAUUGAAGGAUUUUAUGGAAAAAUUAAUGACAAAGAAAUGA